AUGACCACGGCAGACCCAUACGGCGACCUCCUCCUCGCGGCGGUCAUCCUGGCCGGCAUCAUCGCGCUGCUCGCAGUGCUCUGGCUGCUGAUGCGCAAGUACACUGUGGUACCCUCUGCCCCCGAAAGACCCACCGGCGAGGCACUGAACGGCGCCACCGAAGCCCACCAACCGAAGAAGACCGGUGAAGCCGGGAGCACACAGACGCAGGCACUCACGGAUCACAAAACAACCGAAGCGGUGGCAGCGCCUGUGGAGCCGGCUUUGAGCAGUCCCCUCAGUGGCAGGGCGUCCGUCGACGAGGCGGCGGAGGGCGCCAAGUCACCCGUUCGCCGCAUUGUGGACGCCGCCCGCAGGGCUACUGUCGCCGUUAGCCGCGCAGUGAAGGAGCAGACGACCAACGUACUGGAGGUCCUUUCGUCCGGUGCUGACGCCGUCCAGGUUCCAGACCAGGUUAACACGGGUUCAGCGGUGACGCCGCAGGGAAGUCCCGCGACGAGUAUCGCUCUCAGCAGUGGCCGCGUGUCAGCCGACGCCCUGGCGAACAAGGUCCCUUCACCUCUUCUUCGCCAUGAGAGCCAGGUUAGAACGAUGCCGUCUCCAGCGACCCUCAUGCACAAGCCGGCAGACCUGCCUAAGAACGAGGCUACCGUCUACAAAAAGUUCCCGUUCCUGGCACUGACGCGUCGACAGCCACCGGAAAGUAAAUAUGAAGCCAAGCCAAGCCAAACAUCGCUGCCGACUGGUUUCGACAUGGGGCCGCGACAAGACGACGCAGCGAUUUCUGCCAGCGGCGGAAUCGUCGGGGACAAGGGCGUGUCCUCUCCAGGACGCGGUCAAGGCACUUCGGCUGCGGACUUAUCCGGAGCGCAUGCCAGUAGUGCGGAGGAACACUCACCCGAAGACCAGAGUGCGCCAUCGUCGCCAAAGCACACGUCAAACAUCAGCAGAGGCGCUCCUUCCUCGAAACAGAAGCGCAAGUCUCUGCCGGAAGGCGAAGUUGGAAGCCUGACCUCGUCCACAGUGGACAAUAAGCAAGUUGACGGUGGGCCGGCGGCCUCACUGUCUUGUAGGAGGUCGUCCACAAGGUCAAGGGGAUCGCAGAAGUCUGUCCGGAGUGACCUAAAAGCCGAGGGCGCAUGCACCGAGGAAGUGUCCCCUCCGCCAGGCUGGGUAGACCCUGCCACCGCCCGCGACCAGCGUCCAUCUGACGUCAUCCCCCAGGAGCACUCGUCCGUGGUGGAUUCCUCGCCCGAGCCGCCUCCGCUAGUCACCCGGUCACCCGCAGUCCCGGACAUAUUCUCGCGGGAUCUUACUCCUAACCUACCAGCAUUGCCGGCCGCACCAGCAAGUGCCAACCUGCCGUACCAGCCGCCCACGCCCCCGGUGGCGAACAGGGACAUCUUCUCGAGGGAUAUCUCUCCCCACAUGCCGGCGUCGCCGGCCGCACCAGCUAGCGGCAACCUGCCGUACCAGCCACCCACGCCCCCGGUGGGUAACAAGGACAUCUUCUCGAGGGAUCUCUCUCCCCACAUGCCGGCGUCGCCGGCCGCACCAGCUAGCGGCAACCUGCCGUACCAGCCACCCACGCCCCCGGUGGGUAACAAGGACAUCUUCUCGAGGGAUCUCUCUCCCCACAUGCCGGCGUCGCCGGCCGCACCAGCUAGCGGCAACCUGCCGUACCAGCCACCCACGCCCCCGGUGGCCAACAAGGACAUCUUCUCGAGGGAUCUCUCUCCCCACAUGCCGGCGUCGCCGGCCGCACCAGCUAGCGGCAACCUGCCGUACCAGCCACCCACGCCCCCGGUGGGUAACAAGGACAUCUUCUCGAGGGAUCUCUCUCCCCACAUGCCGGCGUCGCCGGCCGCACCAGCUAGCGGCAACCUGCCGUACCAGCCACCCACGCCCCUGGUGGGUAACAAGGACAUCUUCUCGAGGGAUCUCUCUCCCCACAUGCCGGCGUCGCCGGCCGCACCAGCUAGCGGCAACCUGCCGUACCAGCCACCCACGCCCCCGGUGGCCAACAAGGACAUCUUCUCGAGGGAUCUCUCUCCCCACAUGCCGGCGUCGCCGGCCGCACCAGCUAGCGGCAACCUGCCGUACCAGCCACCCACGCCCCCGGUGGCCAACGAAGACAUCUUCUCGAGGGAUCUCUCUCCCCACAUGCCGGAGUCGCCGGCCGCGCCAGCAAGUGCCAACCUGCCGUACCAGCCACCCACGCCCCCUGUGGCCAACAGGGACAUCUUCUCGAGGGAUCUCUCCCCCCACAUGCCGGCGUCACCGACCGCACCAGCUAGCGGCAACCUGCCGUACCAGCCACCCACGCCCCCGGUGGCCAACAAGGGCAACUCGCAGGAUCUGUCGCCUAAUCUACCGGCUUCGCAGACAAGCAAUGAUUCCGAUAGCGAAAGCAAGAUGGGGUCGGUGCCACCGCCGAGUGCUCCUUGA